GCUAUACAUAUAUAUAGAGAGAGAGAGAGAGAGAGAGAGACUAGUAACAGUACAAUGGAGUAAAAUCCAAUCGAGAGAGAGAUUUGAAAACGGAGACGACGCGUUCGGCGAAAGCAUCAGCAUCGUUGCGCGAGGCGAACGUUACUGAGACGAGGAAAGAUGAGAACGAGAAAGAGGACGAAACCGAAUCAGAGUGCGGCGACAAACCCACCAGAGAACGCCAAGGAUCGCUAUUUCCGAGCUCCCUCUCCGAGUUUACGAUCGCAGUGUCAAUCCCUUCUCCUUCGCUGGUGAUCGACCGGGGACAGGGUCCCGAUUCGGCAAAUCCAGGGCAUUCAUUGUUAUUUUCCCAUCCUAGAGCCUGAAUAUUGAUUGGAUUGAUGCCCGAUGCAGAGAUCACGCAGAGCUCUUCUGCAAAGGAGAGCUUUGGACAGUGCAACGAGUUGUCGAAGUCGAUUUUAUAAACUUUCUUUGUCAUUAGUGUUUGUUCUAUGGGGCCUCGUCCUCCUUGUCAGCUUAUGGAUCAGUCGUGGUGAUGGCUACAGACAUGGAUCAGACAAACCUCCACCAACCACAUCACCAUGGGCUGAGACAACGUCGGGACAUCAUAAAAAUAUUAGCUUUGUCGAUAGACCGAUGUCAGAAUCUUCUGUCGAUAGCAAUGAUGAUGCUGGAAUCAAGGUUCCCGAGGGCGAAAGUCAUUCUGCUGAAGGAAAUACACUUAACUCCCCAUCCACUAAAGAGUCCUCUGAGACAGAAAAUUCAGGUUCAAAUUAUGUAUCUGGAAAAGAUACCAUGGCAGUAGACCGCCUAUCCCGUGCAGUGCCAGUUGGUCUUGACGAGUUCAAGAGCAAGAGUUACAGUUCUAAAAGCAAAUCCAGCACUGGUAUGUCUGAAGGCAUCAACCACAGAGUGGAGCCUGGGGGUGCAGAUUAUAAUUAUGCUUCUGCUGCAAAAGGAGCAAAGGUCUUGGCUUGUAACAAAGAAGCUAAGGGUGCUUCGAAUAUCUUAUCCCGGGACAAGGACAAAUACCUUAGAAACCCAUGUUCUGCAGAAGGGAAGUUUGUGGUCAUCGAACUUUCAGAAGAAACCUUGGUAGAUACAAUUGAAAUUGCAAAUUUUGAGCAUUACUCUUCCAAUCUCAAAGAAUUUGAACUUCUUGGCAGUUUGGUAUACCCCACGGAGACAUGGAUCAACCUUGGGAUCUUUACAGCUGCCAAUGUCAAACAGGCUCAGAGAUUUGCUCUUCCCGAACCGAAAUGGGUGAGAUAUCUGAAGUUGAAUCUCUUAAGUCACCAUGGUUAUGAAUUCUACUGUACAUUGAGCAUCCUUGAGGCUUAUGGAGUUGAUGCUGUUGAAAGAAUGCUGGAGGAUUUGAUUUCUGUUCCAGAAGACUCGCUUGCGAAUCAGGAAGGAAAUGACGAGAAGAAAGCAGAAUCAAUGCAGCCAGAAUCACCUGAUGCUGAGGAUUUUAAUCAAAAUCUGGAUCAUGUAAUGGAAUCUGAUGUUGUGCCAGAACAAAUCAAUGUAAAGCGUGACGUUCACAAGAAUUCACAGGACUCUGUAGAAGAGGGGCGUCAGCAAAUUGGUAGAAUGCCUGGGGACACUGUCAUGAAGAUUUUGAUGCAGAAAGUCCGCUCCCUAGAUGUGAAUCUGUCAAUUUUGGAGCGUUAUCUGGAGGAUUUGAAUUCUAGAUACGGCAAUAUUUUCAAAGAACUUGACAAGGAUAUUGGAGACCAGAAUUUACUUCUGGAAUACAUUAGAUCAGACAUUACUAUGCUCCUGGACCACAAGGAGGCUAUGAGUAAAGAUGUUGGUGAUCUUGUAGCUUGGAAAACUAUUGUUUCCAUGCAGCUUGAUGACCUGCUUAAGGAUAACGCUGUUCUCAGAUCCAAGGUCGAGAUGGUGCGGAAGGACCAAACAUCGAUGGAGAACAAGGGUAUUGUAGCAUUUCUGGUGUGCUUUAUUUUCGGUUUAAUAGCAGUUGUGAGGCUAUGUAUAGAUGCGGCAGUGGGUGUUUAUAGAGUGUUGAGUAGCGUUCAUACACUGGACAAGCCCGGGAAAUUUUGUUGCAUGAGCUCUUCCUGGCUUUUAUUGUUGUUCAGCUGUAGCACUGUAAUUUUCGUACUUUCAUUAUAGCCGAGGAAAAAAAUUUACUUGUUGA